UGAGUGACACUCAUACCUCUUCAGCAGUUACACGCACAUGUUUCACUCAGUUCACUCGCUUCCGGUUCAUCAUGGCGGCAUCCAUGGCUUCACAAGCAAUAGUGAGAGGUCUACGUGGAUCCAGCGCAAAAUACUUGUUUUUCAAUAAAAGCAAGUUGGCGCGGGUGAGCCCCAGAAGAUGGCUGAACCUGCAGGAGUACCAGAGCAAGAAGCUGAUGCAGGACAACGGCGUGACGGUGCAGCGCUUCUUCGUGGCCGACACGGCCUCGGACGCCCUGGAAGCAGCCAAGAGACUGAAUGCCAAGGAGAUUGUUUUAAAGGCACAGAUUCUCGCAGGAGGGCGAGGCAAGGGUGUGUUCGACAGUGGCCUUAAAGGAGGAGUGCACUUAACGAAAGACCCUUCUGUGGUGGGGGAACUGGCCAGUAAGAUGCUGGGUUAUAACUUGACCACCAAGCAGACUCCAAAGGAGGGAGUGAAAGUAAAAAUGGUGAUGGUGGCUGAGGCCCUGGAUAUCACCAGGGAGACGUAUUUCGCCAUCCUGAUGGACAGGUCCUGCAAUGGGCCGGUCAUGGUUGGCAGUCCCCAGGGUGGGGUGGACAUCGAGGAGGUGGCUGCCAAAACGCCUGAGCUCAUUUUUAAGGAAGUCAUAGAUAUUUUUGAAGGGGUGCGAGACGAUCAGGCAGUUCGCAUGGCAGCUAAUUUGGGUUUCAAAGGACCUCUGGAGCGACAGGCAGCAGAUCAGAUUAAGAGGCUCUAUGAUCUCUUCCUGAAAGUCGACGCAACUCAAGUUGAAGUCAAUCCCCUUGGCGAAACUCCCGAAGGACAAGUGGUCUGCUUUGACGCCAAAAUAAACUUUGACGACAACGCCGAGUUCCGGCAGAAAGACGUCUUCGCCAUGGAUGACAUGACAGAGAGCGACCCGACCGAGACGGAGGCUGCGAAGUACGACCUCAAGUACAUCGGGCUGGAUGGGAACAUCGCGUGCUUCGUGAAUGGUGCCGGCCUUGCCAUGGCGACGUGUGACAUCAUCGAUCUCCAUGGAGGCAAACCCGCCAACUUCCUAGAUCUGGGAGGAGGAGUGAAGGAGAACCAGGUGUACCAGGCAUUCAAGCUGCUCACUGCGGACCCCAAGGUGGAGGCCAUCCUGGUGAACAUCUUCGGGGGGAUCGUGAACUGCGCCAUCAUCGCUAACGGCAUCACCAAGGCGUGCCGGGAACUGGAGCUCAAGGUGCCCCUGGUGGUGCGUCUAGAAGGAACCAACGUGCAGGAGGCCAAGCGGAUCCUGAGUGAGAGCGGACUGCCCAUCACAGCAGCCAACGACCUGGAUGAUGCAGCCAAGAAGGCCGUGGCCGCCAUUGCCAAAAAGUGAGCGCCAUCUCACCUUUGGCGGUCAGCCUCACACCUGCUUCCACAGAGCUCUCCACUCGUCAGCUUGACUAAUGACUAUUGCUUUAAAUGCAUAUGCCAUGUUUAAUUACACUUUUGCCCUACAUUUUUUGCAAAUCAUUUAUUUUUGUUUUCACUUUGUGCAUUCCGAGUGAUCAAGUGACAAAAGCAGGUGGUAUCGUUCACACAGAAAGUAAGAUUGCAGUCAGCGUGAAUCAGUGUUCUGAUGAAACACUGAUGCAUUGCCCAGACAAAAACGGAAAGAAUUGUUCUCACCUCCAGGCUGAGUGACAGGUCCAGUACUGCCUUAUUCUCACUUCUGAAGGACAUAAGCUUCUGCCAUCACUGUGAAAUAAUUGUCAAGGCAAAGCAAUGCAAUUUCUGAAUAAUUUAAUGUAUGCUGCUGAAUUUUGUGCAGUGUGUAAAAUCAAAAAACCUGUGUCAUUGAUGUAGUUCGACUGUUUGAGCAUUUUUGUAAUUUUGCAUAUAUUUCAAGCUUUGUAAUAUCAUUAGAGACAAAUAUUUUUGCCUUAUUGCAGAAAAAAAUAUAUAUAAUUGUGGUGGUUGUUGCCUUAAUUGUUGAAUACUAUAGGGAAUCUUGCAAACCACAAUGCAGUAUACAGUCUUCACUUUUUACACUUGAUAUUAUUUUGAAAUAAUAAAUAAAAUUAUUAUAUUUUAUUUGCAAAUAUGAUUUUAAAGUGCUCAUUAGAUUUAUAGCAUUACCAUAUAACCAUUUUAUGUGUAAGCAUUGUUAAAACUCUCUGUAAAACCAAAAAGCCCGCAUUCUAUCAUAACAAGUCCUUUGUCACAUGAAACAUUUGUUCUGGGUUUGAUUCUGUAGCCAACCGAUUAAUCUGAGAUAUGAAUUUUUUUUGGUCUCAUUUAAUUAUGGAUUUAUUUUUUGUUGCCAGUAUGUACAAAAAGAUCAAAGUGUAUUUCCUGUAACAGACCUGUGACAAAGAGAUAAAGCUGAAUAUUUGAAGAAUGUGAUGAGGUACAAAUGACAAAGAAUUUUCAUUUGUCAGAAACUUAAGCAAUAUUUCUUUUGAGUUCUGAAGUGUGCUUUAAGGUUUUCGGGAACAUGCCAAUAUUGAAAACGUUUGCCUGCUGGGGGAGUCACAUUUUGACUGUUAUGUCUUUGUGGAAAGGAGCAGAAUGCCUUUGAGGGGAAGAAAGCAAUAAAGACAGAGA